AUGCCAAGAAAGAAGAACGGUUUCGAUCUUGCAGACCUUGAAGGCUCCAGUGACGAUAACACUUGGGAGCCUGAAGAGAAUCUGGGUGGUGCAGAAUUGACAAAUACUUACGAUGAUGCUCAGCAAAAGAAAGAUAAAGAUACUGCAUCAUCGGAAGUGCAAGGCUGCCCAGACCUGGAUGUGGUGCCCAGAAAGGACUUGAGUCUGCACCAUCCUGAAUUUGUGAUUGACUUGCCCUUCAGUGUGAGACACAAAAUUGGGAAGACACCUAGGAUAGCUCCAGAGCUACCGCCAGAACCUGAGCCCGAGCCAGAACCAGAGCCAGAGCCGGCGCCAGAACCACAACAGACACCGAUGGAGCCAAUGGACGUGUCUAACACUGAACAGGACCAAACGGCAGAAUCAGCACUGUUGAACCCAGGGGAACAACCAGGUUAG